AUGAAUCGUCUUGAUCCGGCUCAUCCGUUCAAUGAUGAUAACGACGAUGACGAUUUGUACGUGACUAUGAUGUACCAGUAUUAUAUGGAUAACGUACUACAGUCAGAUCCAGCUCCACUACUCACGCGACGUGCGGCGUUAAAUAGAGAUCGUGAGGAAGGGCAUAGACGUCUAGUUAACGAUUACUUUGCGGAAAAUUGUGUCUACCAGCCAAGCGAUUUCAAAAGAAGAUUUCGUUUGCAAAAAAAUGUUUUCCAAAUGAUAGCCAACGCUAUGGAAGCAAGGUAUGAAUUUUUCCAAAUGAGAUAUGAUGCUAGAGGCAAACGAGGCUUCACAGGGUUGCAAAAAUGUGUAGCUGCAAUUAAACUUAUGGCAAUGGGGGAGUCGCCCGAUUCUGUUGACGAUUAUAUGAGAAUGUAUGAAUUUUUCCAAAUGAGAUAUGAUGCUAGAGGCAAACGAGGCUUCAUAGGGUUGCAAAAAUAUGUAGCUGUAAUUAAACUUAUGGCAAUGGGGGAGUCGCCCGAUUCUGUUGAUGAUUAUAUGAGAAUGUCUGAGAGGACCACACGAGAAAGUUUUUAUUUAUUGGCAAGAGAUGUUGUCGAAACCUUCGGUGAUCAAUACUUGCGCAAACCUUCGUUGUAUGAUAUGCAACAACUAUAUGCGGCGCAUGAAGAAAGACAUGGUUUUCCGGGAAAAGCACCGGAUGCUCCUUUCAUAGUGAAUGGAAAUGAAUAUAAGUUUGAGUAUUAUCUUACAGACGGAAUAUAUCCACAAUAUUCCACGUUUGUGAAGGCGUUUCGACACCCAAUAUAUCCAAGAGACAAAUAUUUCAAGAGACGACAAGAAGGAGCACGUAAGGACGUUGAACGUGCUUUUGGGGUUUUGAAAUCAAAAUGA